AUGACAUCAGGAGGAACCGGAUACACCGCCCAGGACCCGAACUGGAAGUCGAAAGAGCAAGCCGAAGAGGCCCAGUACAUCCGCCAGAAGGAGCAAGAACAGCUCGCAGCGCUGCGCGAAAGCGUAAAGAACUCGGACAAGACCGCUGAGAGCAGCGAUCCCUCUGCCACUCUCGAUCCUAACGCCGCCGCCGGGACGAAGGCUGAGGCUAGCGUCGGCACGCAGCAGCAGAAGGAGCGCGACUUCGAAGGCGGCUACGGCGGCAUGGAGGACUACGAGGACCGCUACGCGACCACAUACGGCGCUCACUGA